GAAAUAGGGAUUACAUAUUAGCGUGUGCUCCUUAGAGUCUGUACUGUCAUGGCCGCCGUUCUUCGUUUCUCUAAAAAAAACUUCGCUGCGCAGCGUGCACAACAUAAGCUGAGCCAUCACACCAUAGUGAAGGACAAAUCACUAGUCUCGGUAUAGUACAGUGUGUGCAGCAUCCCCCACCCCUUGCCCUUCAUUUAGCUCAGAUUGAGUGAAAUUGCUCCCUCCUUGGUAAACCGGAUUUAUGUCAAAGUGCACGGUCUAGGGUGCUAUAAUGCAAGUUUAUGAAGUUACUUUUUAAAACUCAAACAAAUGAUGAAGACCCUUAUCCUACUUCAAGUACUGUGCUCUCUCGGAUUUUAUAAUUCAGGAAAUGCCACUUUCGACUCGAAGUUCGUGGUGCUGCCUCUGUUCCUUACGCCCAGCGAAAGACCAAUGAACAACACCCAAUGGAGUAUACAAUUCUUAUCCAAGCAAGGCCAUGAAAAUGGAAGCAAAGUCUUCUGCCCAUACCCCGGCAAGCAGCCUUACUGUAAUGUGAGCCUUGCGAACUCUUCAAACGCCACCUUAAACUUCAACGGCAUUACCGGCCCCAGCCAAACGGGCAAGACCAAAGACGUGCUGGUGAUUCAGACUGAGAAGAAGACGCGUGUGCGAGUGUUCAGCGUACUGAGCAGGGACUGCAUGACGGAAUAUCCGCCCACACCCCCAGAAUAUUGGUACACAGAGUACGUGGUGCCCAUUAUCUCGUACAAAGCAUUCAUUUGCAUAAUCUCCGAAAAGUCGACCUCCGUGACCAUCCAACUGCGCACCGGACACGGGAAGGAGAUAUCAAGACGAGAAGCCGUCGAGGAGGAGCCAGAGCAACCUUUGUAUGGACAUGCUAUUCACAACCCUUUCGACAACAUGGACUUGACAGCGACAAUACACCUAUCCGAGUAUGAAGCGUACUUGCUGGUAUUCAGAGACUUUCCUGCACUUGGGAACGCCACAGGCGCCUACAUCAAGUCAAGCAAACCUGUAAUAGUGUAUGCCGGACUUAGCGAUCGAGAGGGGGAGCUUCUGUGCUCAGACGGUCAUAGCAUUACCGUGAUGAGGUGCAUGGCUUGUCACGGGCGUUACUUCCUGUUGGCCCCUUUCCGAACUCUGGAGGAUGCGUACCAUACUUACUAUGUGACAGCGCUGUAUCGCUAUACAGACGUGGAAGUGAGCAAUGAGGAUUUCUCGAAAUACCUGCUUAUCAAAGAAGUCGCUGACACUCAUAGAUCACUUGAGUCAAGGUUCGGACGUGAUAAUCGGUUUGACCCUGGUAGCCCGCAACCCUGAGGAUAUGGAGAUGAUCGUAUACAACGGUGUUCUCAAUGACGGAACCCACAGCUGGGGAACAACAAACAGAAAUGAACUGAAAUCAAGCUCCUUCGUUUCCAUGGAUGUUCAGUUGCUGGAUUCUGUGCAGGUUCAUGCUUUCUAUUCCAACCACUCAAAGUUUGAACUUUACGUCAUGAAACGAAUGGGCAACGCCGCUGUGGCGGUUGAUAACAGAAUGGUUGUUGAACCGAUCACGACGAUGACGCGGAUAACAUGGUGGAUGAGGACUUAAGCCAUAAACUGCCAGAACUCGGCGAAUGCUUGGAGUGGGGCUCUUGGACUUGUUCUGUCACAUGUGGGACAAAGGGCAACCUUUCCAGACAUAGGAGCUGUGAGAAACACCCGUCUGUCUUGCUGGGAUACAAUGAAGGCCCCUGGCAGACGAGGCACCGAGGCUGUGACAAGCGACACAUCUCAUGCGUUCCCACGUGUCAGAAAGGCUUCUGGUCAAAGGGCUGUAGAAAGGCAUGUUCCCAACGAUGUGUGAACCGGGAGUGUGACAAGAACACUGGGGAAUGCUCUUCCUGUGUGUCGGGCUAUCAGGGCCCUAACUGCGCUGAGG